UCAAAAUCCCUUGCGCUAGAGAGCCACCAGACGAACUCCCUCUAAUGGUAUCACCCAUCUCAAAACCAACAAUCCAAGCAUUUCAAGAUCUUGAGAUUCUCUGAUGGAAGUAAAAAUCCCAAUGACCCCACGAAAAUCUAAGGUGAGAAAAUCGACCCAAACGGCUAUUUUCUGCUUGAAGAUAUCAGCUUUUUCGUUCUCUUUUCAUCUCUCUGCUGUAGAUCUCAUGUAAAUCGCUAUGACCCAUUUCCAGAAACUCAAGACACAAUCCAUUCUCAAAUGGGUUUCUUCAGUUUUUGCAGAAAAACACCUGAAAUUAUUGAAACCUCCAAAUUUCCACAAUAUUAGGACUAUCCACACUGCAAAAAUCCCAUUUCAUUACAGCGAUAGAGCGCUUCACACAGCAAAUGCCACGGUGACUGAGGCAGGCCCCGCACCCGGUCCUCAAACCAUGACCAAAAUCACCCGCGCUAUCCGUACCCGAGCGCAAGCUGCUCUCUUGGACUACCUACACUGCACCAGAGGCUACCAAUUCACAGACGCCGAGAACAUGAGCAAGAACUCACCGAAUUUCCUCCAUAAGCUCCUCGGACGAGUUGAUAACCUGCAAGAGGUUGAGCAGUCGCUGACCCGGUUCUUUCGGUACCAUCCCAUCAAUGAAUUCGAGCCAUUCUUGGAGAGCCUGGGAUUGGAUCCGUCUGAAGUCCCUUCCUUUCUUCCCCGUGAUCUGAUGUUUCUUAUCGACGACAGUCUCCUUCUUGAAAAUUUCCAUGAGCUGUGUAAUUACGGAAUUCCGUGUAAUAAGAUUGGUAAGAUUUAUAAGGAAGCGGCUGAAAUUUUUGGGUAUGAGUGCAGGUUGUUGGGUUUGAAAAUCCGGGCUUAUGAAGAACUGGGUCUGAGUAAGUCUAAUGUUAUUCACCUUGUUGCUUCUAGCCCAUCUCUUUUGAUUGGGGGCGUUAAUAGGGAUUUUGUUAAGGUAUUGGAGGAGUUGGAGGGUUUGGGAAUUGAAAAUAACUGGAUUUGUGGGUGUUUAUCUGAGAAGAAUUCGUAUAAUUGGAGCAAAAUCCUCAUAGUGCUGCGCUUCUUUACCGAAAUGGGGCAGAAUCAGGAAGAACUACGGAGUUUGUUUGUAAAAAAUCCUGAAUUUUUGCUAGAAGGUUCAGGGAAGAAUUCAUUUUUGCUGAUUGCAGUAAUCUUGAAAUUGGGAAUCAAAAUGAAUGAAAUCAUGAGCUUGUUUUCGAAGUUGCCUCGAGUUCAAUCCGGUAGUUCCAUCCGCAAUUUGAGGCAAAGCUUGUUAUUUUUUCUUUAUUCUGAAAUGGAGGUUGAAGAGAUCGUAAAAAUCAUGCACACUCACCUGCAUGUUUUAGGCUCGUGUUCUUUGAAGAGUCCGAAGAGUGUGCUCUCGAAUUUGAACAUUGGGAAGAAGCGGUUAUGUGGAAUUAUAAAGGAGGAUCCUAAUCAGUUAAGGAAUUGGGUUUUGGGGUCGAAGGUCACUCCUUUGCCGAGCUCUGGUGAGGAUCAAAGGUCUUUGACGGAGCGGACUGCAUUCCUGGUGAAUUUGGGUUUUGUCGAGAACUCAAAUGAGAUGAAGAAAGCGCUAAAGGUGUUCCGUGGAAAAGGUGACGAACUUCAGGAGAGAUUCGACUGUCUUGUGAAAGUGGGUUUGAAUCGGAACGACGUUUCCAGAAUGAUCAAAACUGCUCCACAGGUUCUAAACCAGUCGAGAAGUGUGAUUGAGAAGAAGAUUGAUUUUCUUGUAAACGGUCUUGGUUACCCCUUGGAGUCGUUAGUGGCUUUCCCUGCCUAUAUGGCUUAUACUAUGGAGAGGGUCAAAUUGAGAUUCUCGAUGUACAACUGGCUCAAGGAUGAAGGAAUGGCAAGGCCCAUGUUGGCCUUAAGCACUAUCCUUGCGUGUUCGGAUAAGAUAUUUGUAAGACAGUUUGUAAGUCUUCACCCAGAAGGUCCUGAGGUUUGGAAAAGGUUCCAGACAGAAUUAUCUUCAUACUGAAGCGUUUCCUUGAAGUUUCUAUAAUUGAAAAUAGUUAACAAUUUUGCAUAACUUUCCUUGCUUGCUAGGAAAUUAGAGGAAUGCCACUCGCAGAUGUGCAUAUCAAACACCAAGACAUCCACCCUGCAUGUGGCAGCAUGACACAUGAGCAAGAUCUUAGCCUUUCACUAGGCAGGACCAACAGUUUGCUUGUCCAAUUAUCCGGGACACAUAUAAAUUGAAUCUGGAUUGUUCCUUAUCCUAUUUUAACCUUUUCUUUUUUAUGUGUACGAGUGUUGUCCUGAUGAGUGGAUUGAACAUUUCUUGGGCUAGGAGCCAUGGACCAAUUGAUGAUUUGUGUAGAUCUCA